CGAGGAUUACCCGAACGAUGACCCGCAUGGCCCGUAGACCCAAAGCGCGGCCCUUUGGAUUCGGGUUGGCUCAACCCUACUCGUGUGGGAAUUCUGGGCCGUCAUUUUCGACCUCUGCAACGACUAAGGCCGUGGAGGAGUCGCCGGACAAGAUCUUCGGGUUGCUCAAGGAUUACGAGGAUUACCGGCGGGCUAUGUAUGGCGGGCUGACUCAUAAGGCCCUCCUUGUUGAUGUAGCAGGCACUCUCGUUGUGCCCUCUCAGCCUAUGGCUCAGAUAUACAGGCAAAUUGGGGAGAAAUAUGGGGUGGAUUACUCUGAAGAUGAGAUACUAAAUAGAUACAGAACGGCUUAUGAGCAACCUUGGUGUAGAUCUAGACUCAGAUAUGUGAAUGAUGGGAGGCCAUUCUGGCAGCAUAUAGUCAGUUCGUCUACUGGGUGUUCCAAUUCUCAGUACUUUGAGGAGUUGUAUAACUAUUAUACCACUAACAAGGCUUGGCAUAUAUGUGAUCCUAAUGCAGAGAGGGUAUUUAGGGCUCUUAGAAAUGCAGGGAUAAAGCUAGCUGUUGUUUCAAACUUCGACACACGAUUACGACCUUUGUUGAGGGAUCUAAACUGUGAUCACUGGUUCGAUGCUGUGGCUGUGUCAGCUGAAGUUGAAGCAGAGAAGCCAAAUCCAACAAUAUUCUUAAAAGCUUGUGAUUUUUUAGCAGUAAAUCCCGAGGAUGCCGUUCAUGUAGGAGAUGAUCGUAGAAAUGACAUUUGGGGGGCUAGAGAUGCUGGUUGUGAUGCAUGGCUUUGGGGCAGUGAUGUACACUCCUUCGAAGAGGUUGCCCAAAGAAUAGGAGUUCGAGUUUGAGAGAGUAAUGCUUUCUUUUACUCUUGGGAUCUGAGGUCUUUUCAUGGCACAAACUUUUUAAAGUUUUGUUCUAUGAAUCCUCGUUGUAAGCCCUUAGCUGGUUCUGUAUAUAUUCGUAGAGGAUUUGGAACAGUACUAUACAUAAGUUGUUCGAAUCCAAUAAUGGCAAUUUCGCAAUUGUUGUAAUGUGUGUGUCAGUUUUUCUAACUUUACAAGGAUGUUUUAAUUAGACUUUUUCAAUCUCAUUUUCGUUAUUAGUCAUUUAAUUGUACCUGUAGAAAUGUCGUGUAACCAAAGUUGUCUGCAAUAAAGAAUUUUCUAAAAAACGUAUCAUU